AUGUGAUGUUCUUUAACAUGCCUUGUGAAUAAAGUUAUCCCUUCUGGAUCACCAUUUUAUUCUUCCUGUCUAUGCAGUAACAAGCGACUUGUGGCCUUAGUGCCAAAUGACACUUCAUUCAACACCAGACGAGCCUACACCAGCGAAGAUGAAGCCUGGAAGUCGUAUUUGGAGAAUCCCCUAACAGCAGCUACCAAAGCUAUGAUGAGCAUAAAUGGUGAUGAGGACAGUGCUGCUGCUCUUGGCCUAUUGUAUGACUAUUAUAAAGUUCCCAGAGAUAAAAGGCUGUUGUCUGUUAACAAAGUGAGUGAUAAUCAAGAAGACCAAGAUAAAAGAAAUUGUCUUAAUACCACAGAAGCUCAGAGUAAUUUAAGUGGGGGAGAGAACCGCGUGCAAGUCCUGAAGACGGUGCCGGUUAACCUUUCCUUGAACCAAGACCCUUUGGAGUCGUCCAAAAGGGAAUACAACACAAAUGUGUCUGGGAGCUCAACGCCCAUUACGGGGACUGGAGUGACUGUGGUUAAAGCAGAGGAGUUCACCCCUGUUUUUAUGACCCCACAAGCGCACUAUGCAAGAGGAGAAAAUGAGGAGCACCGAGGAGUUAUCUUUGAACCAUACGAAGUGUCCAACAUUGCUCCCCACACAAAUUAUCUCAAAGAUGACCAGCGCAGCACUCCUGACAGUACGUACAGCGAUACCUUCAAAGACGGAGGAACAGAAAAGUAUCGCAGUGUGUCCGUGGGGGCUGAAGAAUAUAUUUAUGAACAAACAAGCAGCACUUUCCAGUAUACGCUAGAAGCUACCAAAUCUCUGCGUCAAAAGCAAGGGGAGGGGCCCAUGACCUACUUGAACAAAGGACAGUUCUAUGCCAUCACCCUGAGCGAGACGGGUGACAACAAAUGUUUCCGGCAUCCCAUCAGCAAAGUCAGGAGCGUGGUCAUGGUUGUUUUCAGUGAGGAUAAAAACAGAGAUGAACAGCUGAAAUACUGGAAAUACUGGCAUUCUCGGCAGCACACAGCUAAACAGAGGGUCCUCGACAUUGCUGAUUACAAGGAGAGUUUUAAUACCAUUGGGAAUAUUGAAGAAAUCGCGUUCAAUGCUGUGUCCUUUACUUGGGAUGUCAAUGAGGAGGCAAAGAUUUUCAUCACAGUGAAUUGCUUGAGCACAGACUUCUCCUCACAAAAAGGAGUAAAAGGGCUUCCUUUGAUGAUUCAGAUUGAUACGUACAGCUACAACAACCGCAGCAAUAAACCCAUCCACCGAGCCUACUGCCAGAUCAAGGUUUUUUGUGACAAGGGAGCAGAAAGGAAAAUCCGAGAUGAGGAGAGGAAGCAGAACAGGAAGAAAGGCAAAGGCCAGGCGUCCCAAGCUUCGUGUAAUAACUCAGCUGAAGGGAAGUUAAGUGCACUCCCUCCACAAAAAAAGAGCGAUAUCACCUUCUUCAAAACAAUGGCUGACCUGGAUUCCCAGCCAGUUCUCUUCAUACCGGAUGUUCACUUUGGAAACCUACAAAGAACUGGACAGGUUUACUAUAAUACAGAUGAUGAGAGAGAAGGUAGCAGUGUCCUGGUCAAAAGGAUGUUCCGGCCUGUGGAGGAGGAGUUUGGUCCAUCUCCUUUGAAACAAAUGAAAGAAGAAGGCCUGAAAAGAGUGCUUUUGUAUGUGAGGAAGGAGACAGAUGAGGUGUUUGAUGCUUUGAUGCUGAAAUCACCCACAGUAAAGGGGCUAAUGGAAGCGCAGAGAAAGCAUUUCUGGUGGCUUGUGCAAUCAGAUAUGUGCUACAGACAAACUUGCCAUGCCAGGGGACUGCAGUCCAAAGGGACACCCAGCUUAUUUCAGUGUCACUCUGAAGGCUGUCCCACUGCUUCAGGCAUGCUAAGGGAGGGAAAGAAUUCUCUGCUCAGAAGAUUGAAAAAUGGACAAUGGAGAUGA